UAUCAAGGUAGGGUUUAGGGGUUUGGGCUCCUUCCUGUUCUCUGUUCUUUCCUCUUGGUUUGCCGUGGUUCAACCUAAAAAAACAAUGGAAGCUCUCCAUGGGAGCUUGGCCGUAUCAUCAAGGAGCGUCCCAUGCGUCCAUCCUCUUACCCAUCAUUCUCUCUCUCAUCAUUUCCCUAUGCUUUCUCUCUCCUCCAAACCCCCCUUUCUGUCACUCCGAAACUCAUCCAGAAAAUCCACAAUCAUCCCUCUAAGACAUAUUUCUCUCUCUGCAAGUCAAUACUCACCGUUCCCUGGAGAAACUCCACAAAAUACUUCAGAAGCAAUCAAAAUUCGCUCUUCUUCAUUUUGGGAAGAAACCCCACAAAAAAUUUCCAGAACCCAGGAAAAGAACCCACCACAAAUUUUGAAAACCGCCAUUAAAACUGCCUGUAUACUCAUUGCAUCGACCCCUAUCUUCUUCUUUCGUUUCCAAAAUCCAGCCAUUGCGAACCCCAUCUCUGCAACUCCACCCACUAUUGAAACUGAAGAGGUUUCUUCAAGAGAGAGCGAUAAACUCACGGAAGAAGAUUCUCAAAAACUCACGGAAGAAGAGAAAGAGAAGGUUUUGGAAGAGUAUCUGGACACCCACCCAGAUGAUAUAGCGUCUCUGAGAGCUCUAAUGGAGAUCAAGAUCAUGGCCUCGAAGAUCCCUGAAGCCAUAUUGGUCAUCGAGAAGUUAAUGGCUCUCGAGCCCGAAGAGAUAGAGUGGCCCAUGCUCAAGGCUCACUUGAAAAGUUAUGCAGGUGAAUCUGAGGCUGCGUGGCGAGGAUUUGAAGAUAUUUUAAGCAAAGACCCACUUUAUGUUGAGGCCUAUCAUGGCCUGGUUAUAGUGGCUUCACAAUCUGGUGGCAUGGAAGAGAUAUGUCAGAGGAUUAAGAAGGCAAUGGAGAUUUGCAAGAAGGAGAAGAGGAAAGAGGAUAUGAGGGAUUUUAAGCUGUUGAUGGCUCAGAUUCAUGUUCUGGAAAGCAAUUAUGAAGACGCAUUAAAGAUUUAUCAGGAGCUUGCGAAAGAAGAGCCUAGAGAUUUUAGGCCUUAUCUGUGCCAAGGUAUUAUAUAUACUUUGCUUGAAAAGAAGGAUGAGGCCGAGAAGCAGUUUGAGAAGUACAGGAGGCUGGUUCCAAAGGGCCACCCUUAUGCUCGAUUUUUCGACGAUAAUGUACUCGCCACUAAUGUCUUCUCUCAGUUGAGAGAGAAAAAAGAAAUGGCUGCAAAUAAUUGAUGGGAUUUUGGUUGGACCAGUAUGGCUUGCUUUGCAAGAGUUUGAACAUAUUAAGAAGAAGCAUGGUGAUUCAGAUGUUUCUCUUUUGGAAAUGAGAUUAAUCAUAGUUGCAUUUUUCAAUUCCAACCACUGAAGCCCCUCUUCUCGUUUGAAAUUUUCUUUUUUCCUGGUAAAUGCAUUCUUGUUUGAUUUUAGUGUUCUUCUUUUCUCAUCUAUUUUGUUUCAUGUGUUUUGUGUACAACUAAAGUCUAAGGGUACUAUAGGAAAACAAAAUGACAUUUGUACGAGACAUAUAGAACAACAUCAUAUGUUUCUAUUGGUUUCCAAUUCAAAUUGAACAUUAAUAAUCAACUAUAGUGCUUGUUUCCUUCA